ACGUCAUGGAUCUUCUUCGCUAUGAUCCACUCUGUCCCGAGGUUGAGCUCAUCUCACUGGAGCCCGAUCCCCCUGACCCUUCCUCCAUCUUCACGGCUCCCAUCUCCACAUCCACCCGUCAGCCUGCGGAUACCCCCUCCACGUCCCAGGCCCCUGCGUCGCCGACCGUCGAGUCCACAUAUACGUCUCGUGCCGACGCAGACGCUGAGGAACUCACACGGUUCACGACAAACUUAGAGCCCGCCGUUCGCGACCUGAUUCGACAGUACCACGACGUCUUUCCCCCAUACUUCUCAUACAGCGGGAUUCCCCCGAUGCGCGGUGUUGAGCAUUCUAUACAGCUCGUGCCUGACUAUCGUGUUCACCAUCAGGCAGCGUACCGACUCUCGAUUCCAGAGGCGACGGAACUCAAGCGUCAACUUGAGGAGCUCCUUCGACUGGGUUUCAUUAAACCCAGUAACUCCCCUUGGGGUGCACCUGUCCUCUUUGCUCGCAAAGCGGACGGAACUCUUCGCCUCUGCAUCGACUACCGCGGCCUUAACCGUUACACGGUUAAGAACAGCUAUCCCAUGCCCCGCGCGGAUGAGUUGUUUGACCGUCUAGCAGGCAACCGCUUCUUCACGAAGAUCGAUCUUCGUAGCGGUUACCAACAGAUCCGCGUUGCCACAGAGGAUCAGCCGAAGACCGCCUUUCGGUCGCGCUUCGGCCACUACGAGUUCACAGUGAUGCCAUUCGGCCUCACCAAUGCCCCCCCCACCUUCCAGACGACGAUGAACGACAUCUUUAGGGACGUCCUUGAAGAAUACGUUCUCGUAUACCUGGAUGACAUCUUGGUCUACAGUCGUACCUUAGAAGACCAUCUCAGACACCUCCGCGAUGUCCUACAGCGCUUACGCAAGCAUGGCUUCUAUGCCAAGCUCAGUAAGUGCCGCUUUGCCCAGGGCAAAGUGGACUUCCUAGGACACCAUGUGUCUGACCAGGGUCUCCACAUGGACGACGCGAAGAUCAGUGCUAUUGCAGAGUGGCCCGUCCCCGCAUCUGCCAAGCAGCUUCGCAGYUUUCUAGGCCUCACCAGCUACUAUAGUAAUUUUAUCCAGGGAUACGCUAGGUAUUCCUACGUCCUUACCUCCACCCUCCUCCGGAAGAACCCGCCAUGGUUUUGGACACCCCUGUGCGAGGACGCCUUUCGCGCCCUCAAGAAGGCGGUGACCUGUGCCCCGGUUCUUUGCCUUCCCGAUUUUGAUCGYCCCUUUAUCGUCACCACCGAUGCGUCAGAUUUUGCAGUAGGAGUUGUCCUUUCUCAGAUGUUUCCCUCUCCUUCAGAUUCACCUUACCCCCAUGUUCCUCCUUUCCCCCCCGCUCCUGCUGACACUGCUUCUCGACUGACGCCUACCCUCCCACCACUUCCCUCCACUAACAGUCCUCCUGUUACUUACUCCCCGACCACCGUGGAGGAUGGGACUGUCGAGGCUCGUGCUGGGGAUUGCCCGAUCGCUUUCUACUCCCGUCAGCUACUGCCUGCCGAGAUAAACUACACUGCCGAUGAAUGUGAGGCCUUGGAGCCGGAAGAAGAAAGAAGGCUACGAAAAGCCCGUGCGCUAGCAGCAGGGAUAGCAGAAGCAAACAGAGCAGCAAGAGAGCAGGCAACAGCAGCUAGAGCAGCUGCGAUGGCUAACGGCGCAAGCUCUGCUGCGUCAUCGUCUGCGUCCUCGUCAGGGACUAAUGGGAACCCGUUGGGAAUGCCAACGAGUUCCACAAGUUCCUCGGGCACUUCCGGUUCCACAGGUUCUAGACAGUCUUCUAGUCAAAUGGCAGGCUCGCAGUUCAGCCCCAUGACCGCACGUGAGCGGGAACUCAGAGAGAUCCAACAGGUCGAGAGGCUUCGCCGUAAGUUAGAGCAGAACCUGAAAGAAGCAACCGAUAGAGAAAAUGAAAUAAAAACUAGAGCAGCCAGGCUUGAAACUUUAGAGGCUGACAAGGCUGAACUAGAGAGCUUGGAUGAGGCAACAAUGAAUGCCCAGAUGAAAGUGUUGAAGAAGAAUAUGCUGUUGCUGCAUGCGCAUGUGGACAACAGAUUCGAUUUCAUGCAAAGCACUCUAGACCAGAUCCUGGACGCUUUGACCAAGCCAGGAUUCCGGCCACCAGCACAAUCGCCAUUGCCGUUGUCGGCGAUGUCAGGCCCAUUCCGGUUCAAGCUGGCACACAACCAAGUGGGACAGCAGCAAGGUCAAUGGUACCCCAAGACCCCAAUGAAACCGCCUCUUGCCUUCUCAGGCGAGAGGAAGGACGAAGAACUCAACACAUGGUUGAGAACGGUCCCGGUUUGGGUGAAGGCCAAGAGGACCUUGCUAGAGGACGAAGUGGUAACUGCUGCAUCUUACCUCGAGGGUAAGGCAGCCAAAUGGCUAGAUGGGGUAGUUGUGAAAGCAGGCGAGGCACGCACAGAGUAUCAUUCGUUUGAGACAUUGUCUAGGAAGGCUUUAGAUUUGGAGGCCACUCUAGGCAAUGCUCAACCCACCUCACAGACUGACUCAAAGAAGAAGAAGAGUCCUCAGGAGUGGAAGAAGAAGAGGGCAAAGUUGAUGAUGGUUGAGUCUCAUGGGACUCAAACUGAGAUCGAUGAGCUUUCUGACCUGAUGGACUACUCAAAGUAUGACGGCGAGGAGGUAGCUGAGGGUAGCACCCUCGCCGCGGUAGUUAAGACUAAGGCGGCAGGCCGAGGAAAGGGCCAGCCUAGGGGUCAAGGGAAGGCCGCCUCCAAUCAGACCAAGCAGGCUGAGUGGGUAAAGGCAGGUCUUGAACAAGACGUGUGGCGUGACCGCCGAACGCGUGGUGCUUGUAUCAACUGCGGGGAGUACGGACACUCGCAGUAUGAGUGUCAGAAUGCCAAGGUUACGCAAAAGGAUGGGAAAAAGUUGAGACCGAUCGAGUACAUGAGUAAGAAGAUGCCGUCGAAGAAAUUGGCUAAGUCCACCUACGAAAGGGAACUCUAUGCUCUCUACAAGGCACUUGUCCAUUGGAGACACUUCCUUUUGGGAAGGUUCUUCUUGGUGAGGACUGAUCAUCAGACCCUCAAAUGGAUCAAGACUCAACCGGCUCUUUCUGAUGCACUCAAGCGAUGGAUUGAGGUCGUAGACCAAUAUGACUUCAAGCUUGAGUACCUGAAGGGAGAGUACAACAAGGUUGCAGACGCGCUAUCCCGUAGAGCAGACUACCUAGGUACGCUAGUUUCUGACUUUGGCGUAUCGGAAGAAGUAACUCAAUCAUUGGUGGGAGCCUAUCAGGAAGACCCUGUCACAAUGGACAUCAUCCGCAAACUUCAGGCAAAAGACAAGGCCACAGAAAGUGAGUUCGUGAUGGUGGACGGGCUACUCUAUCUUGAUAAGGCCGGAAUACAGAGAUUGGUAGUUCCAUCUAGUGAACAGUUGCGUAGUUUAUUUUUAGGCGAAUGUCAUGACGUAACUGGGCACUUUGGCUACAAGAAGACGAGUGCAAACUUAGUACAACGAUUUUUGUGGCCCAGAAUGCUAGAUGACGCAAAGAAGUUUGUUGAGACCUGUCAGGUCUGUCAGCGGGACAAGCCGCGAACUCAAGCACUGCUUGGGUUGUUGAAGCCUUUACCUAUUUCUGAUGGUCCAAGAUUGAGUGUUUCCAUGGAUUUCAUGGACACCCUAGUGACCAGCAAGAGUGGUAAGAGGCACAUUUUCGUCAUUAUUGACCGAUUCACCAAGUACGCUAGACUAGUACCAAUGCCAGAGACAGCCAGGACAAAAUACGUCAUCAAGUUGUUCAAGGACAACUGGGUAAGGGACUUUGGUUUACCAAGACCAUCAUUAGUGACCGAGACGUCCGAUUCACAAGUGAGCUGUGGAAGAAGACUGCGGAACAGAUGGGCAGUCAACUUCAGAUGACUUCAGGGAAUCAUCCCGAAGCCAACGGAUAGGCCGAACAAAUGAAUAGAGUUGUA